AUGAACGGCUCGGCGAACUCGUUGCUGGACAAGGAGGAGCACCCGCUGCAGCUGGGCGAGAGCUUCGAGCGGCGGCCCAAGGCCUCCUUCCACACCAUCCGCUAUGAUUUUAAGCCAGCAUCGAUUGAUACGUCUUGUGAGGGGGACCUCCAAGUGGGUAAAGGAGAUGAUGUUACCAUCACUUUGCCACAUAUUCCAGGUUCAACUCCACCAAUGACUGUCUUUAAAGGAAAUAAAAGGCCAUAUCAGAAGGAUUGUGUGCUUAUUAUCAAUCAUGACACUGGGGAAUAUGUGCUGGAAAAACUUAGUAGCAGCAUUCAAGUCAAGAAAACAAGAGCAGAGGGCAGCAGUAAGAUCCAAGCCCGAAUAGAGCAACAGUCUGCCCGAGCAUCUCAGCCUCCUUCACAGUUCAGAGCCCCAACCAAGCCAGCAGUUGGACCUAAAACUUCUCCUUUGAAGGAUAAUCCUUCACCAGAGCCCCAGCUGGACGAUAUUAAGAGAGAGCUGAGAGCAGAGGUUGAAAUUAUUGAGCAGAUGAGCAGCAGCAGUGGAAGCAGCUCAUCGGAUUCAGAGAGCUCAUCUGGGAGCGAAGAUGAAAGCUCCAGCAGCGAGGGGGAAGAGCCAGCACAUGUUUCCCCUUCCCAGCCACCACACCAGCAGUAUAACAACAGGAAUGCUGUUGCUAAUGGCACCAGCAGGCCACAAGGAAGCAAUCAGCUCAUGAACACACUCCGAAAUGACUUACAGUUGAGUGAAUCUGGGAGUGACAGUGAUGACUAGAGGCUGAGCUUUUGCUGUUUCUGUUACAUAUACAUGAAGAACUAAUUUACCUUGAAGUGAUCCUAUUGCUUAUGGAGAGGAGCUGGCACAGAGAUGGUUCCAUGUGUGGAAUUUUAAUAGAAGAAAUCUAUAGCCCUACAAAAUAACAGAUGUUGAGGACUGCU